AUGGCUUUCCUUCGUCCCUAGUAAUCGUCUGAGCUGUAGUUAGGUACUACUCUCCCCAAAAAAAUAUAUAAAUAAAUACAAAUUUUAAUUUAAUUAUUAUUUCUAAAAUAAAAAAUAAAAAAUAAACUAAGAAGAAGAAGAAGGUAGUAUCGUCUGGUGUAUUCUCCAUUGUUAAUUUAUACACUCGUCAAUUUCAAUUCCAAUUUCGUAUUCUAAUCCCUCAAAAACGACCAUGUCGAACCCAAACGAUCAUGUCGGAUCUCCAAAAUUGGAACCGUCGCCAUCGCCUGCUGACGUGGAGAAUCCGAUGGCGGCGGAGGGAUCAGUUGGAGUCACGGGAGUGUUACGGCGGUGGAAGAGGGAGGACCUGUUGAGAAGAGGCUCUUUAGCUCUGAGAGGAAUGGCUUUUCUCUUCUCUGUAUUGUCUUUUAUUAUAAUGGCUACGAAUAAACACGGCGAUUGGAAAAAUUUUGAUCGAUAUGAAGAAUACAGGUAUUUGUUGGCAAUAUCGAUUUUGUCAUCUCUGUAUACCGGAGCUCAGGCAUUGAUUAAGGUCCGGGAACUCUCCACCGGAAAAUUCUUGUUUAAGCAAUCUUCUUCCUUAUUGUUCGACUUUUGUGGCGAUCAGAUUGAUGCAUACCUGUUGUUAUCAGCAGCUUCAUCAGCAGUGCCAUUAACAAACAGAAUGAGAGAAUCACAAGACAACAUAUUCACAGACACUUCUGCUUCCUCCAUUAGCAUGGCCUUCCUUGCUUUCUUCACUUUGGCUUUAUCUGCUCUCCUCUCUGGUUUCAAAUUAUCAAACCAAUCUUAUAUUUAAUCUUUUUCUACUAUAUAUUUAUAUAUAUAUAUAUAUUACAGAGUAUAUUCUUCUUAUAUAUGUGUAUUAUGUAUUUGAGGUGUAGGGUGUGUGGUUUUCAUGACCAUUCAUUCAUGUCAUUCUCUUAAUUUUUUUAUUAUUUUUAAAUCAUAAGUUUUGGUUGUGCAUAAAUAUGUGUUCUCUUGUGUAAUUUUAUUCAACAAUUGAGCAAAAUAAGCAAAAUAAUCAAUGUAUAGAUAUUAUUACUUUAUAGACA